AUGUUCACCAUCGGCAAGUACCCCGUUGGUGAGAUCCAGCAGUACGACACUUCCAAGUUUAGCGAGGAGAGGAAACGUGUCACCGACGAAGAGCUUCGCGAACGAGAGCGCCUCGUACAGCAGCAGGAGGGUUUCGACUACAACAUUAUCCGUCGCGCUGCCGAGGUGCACAGGCAAGUGCGUCAAUACGCCCAGAGUGCCAUCAAGCCAGGCAUGACCAUGACCGAGAUCGCUGAGCUUGUCGAAGAUGGCACGCGUGCGCUUGUCGAGGCUGAAGGCUUCGAGUCCGGUAUCGGCUUCCCCACCGGUGUUUCCGUCAACGAGUGCGCUGCCCACUACACUCCCAACGCCGGCGACAAGCGUGUCCUCCAAGCUACCGACGUGCUCAAGGUCGAUUUUGGUGUUCACGUCAAGGGUCGCAUCGUCGACUCGGCUUUCACCCUCAACUUUGAGCCCACCUGGGACCCUUUGCUGGCGGCCGUUAAAGCCGCUACCAACGCUGGUAUCAAGGAAGCCGGUAUCGAUGCCCGUCUCGGUGAGAUUGGUGCCUCGAUCCAAGAGGUCAUGGAAUCGCACGAAUUCGAGGCCAAUGGCAAGACGCACCGGGUCAAGUGCGUUGAGAACCUCAACGGUCACAGCAUUGAACGCUACUCGAUCCACGGAGGCAAGUCGGUACCCAUCGUCAACAUGCCUGACCUUCAAGUCAAGAUGGAGGAAGGCGAAUACUACGCCAUCGAGACCUUUGGCUCCACCGGUCGAGGCUACGUCAUCGACCAGGGCGAGUGCUCGCACUAUGCGCGCAAGAAGAACCUGCCCAAAUCCAUCCCCAUCCGCGUUCACUCGGCACACGGCUUGCUCCGUACCAUCAACAAGCACUUUGACUCGCUUCCUUUCUGCAGACGCUACCUCGACCGUGUAGGUGAGAAGAACUACCUUCUCGGUCUCAAACACCUCGUCUCGCUCGGUGUCGUUCAGGACUACCCACCGCUCUGCGAUAUCGCCGGUUCCAUGACCGCUCAGUACGAACACACCAUCCUGCUUCGACCUACUUGCAAGGAGGUUGUCUCACGCGGUACCGACUACUGA